AUGUCAACUUUUACAAAAGUUUUAAUAGAUUCUGAUAAAGCAAACAUCAAACAAUAUGAUUUUGCAAUUAAUAUUUUUGUGUCUUUCUGCAAAUAUCUAGAUCCUUAUGAGCUGCUAAAAUUGGAAUGUGUUUGCAAGAAAUUUUGUAAUUAUUUACGCUCGGAACAUUCAGCUAUUGCAUCAUUAUGGAAGCAUUCAAGAAAUACUUAUACACCUUUCAAUGAAUAUGAAGUUUUGAGCGGGAUGUCAGAAAGAGAUUAUACUAAAUUAUUGUGUCUUAAAAAUGGAUGUCAACAAUGUGGGGAUGGUCGCUUUAAUUAUCAUCAUCAAGAACAACUACGACAACAGCAGCAUCAUCAUAAUGUUUCUGUUUAUUUUAUACCAAGGGUACGUCUUUGUAAACCUUGUUUAGCUCAAAAUGUACUCAGUGAAAAGAAUUUCAUUGAAAAUUUAAAUGCUUGUAAAGAUGUUUUAAAUGCAAUUCCUACAGUAUCUCAUAAAGAUCCUUGGGGAAAAGGUGAAAAUCACUAUUGGAUAAUUGAUUAUUAUAGAAUGGAAGAGAAACUCGUUGGAUUAUCAGAUGAAGAAAAAUCUCAAUUACUUGAGGAAAAAGAAGAAGAAUCUAGAUUGUUGAUUAAAGAUGACGAGAAAAGACAUAAAAUGAUGAUGGCGAACAGCAAUGAAAUUUUAAAUUCGGUUGAUGAAAUAGAAGAAACCGAACAACUAAUGUUAGAAUUGGCCACCAGGUUUUCAUUAGCCGCGUCGUCGUUAAGAUUCCUAAAUACACAUUUUCUUUCAAAUCCAUUUUGCAAUUAUUCAAAUCUCGAUUCUGAUCUAACAUCUGGAUCAUUUAUUCCUGCAUCACCAUCACUGCCAUUGCCAUCAUUAGAUGAUAAUAUCGAUCUGAUAGAUCCAUUAUUACCAAUGCCGCCUUCGUUUUUUGGUGGAUCAAGAGCACCAUUGAUUACACUUGAUCUAUUGUAUAGAGAAUUAUCGCCUAGAAAACGUCGACAAAAGUUUAUUUUGGUUUGUCUAAAAGAUAGAACAAAAACGUAUCAGCGAUCACCACCAAAUCCGAUUGAGAUAUGGAAUCCUAUUUAUGAAUUUCUCGAUUUGCUUCCUACAUUUACGAAUCCACCAUUUUUCAUAACCAAUGACAAAGAUUGGGUUAAUAAACACGUUAUACCUAAACUUUUACAAGAAACAACGAAUGUACGACGAAAAGCCAAAUUGGUUGGUGGCCCGGGUCAUAUUACAACCCUUAGAGGUGCUUUGAAUCAUGGAUUAAAGGAUUCUCCUGUAUUCUUUUGUGUUUUGUGUAGAUUACAUCAUCUGAAUAAUUAUGAAGCUAUACAAAACCAUUUAGCUGACAAGCACAAUAUCAUUCACAAUAUUAAUAAUGAACAUGAUUAUAAUCUUGAUGAUAAUAUACCAUAUAAUGUAGGAGUAGAUAGUGACGUUGUAGUUGAUUAUUUUGAUGAGGCUUUCCUAUAG